AUCCGACACUCAAUGGGGCCAGAUCGACCGGAGCAUCAACGCAUUCUAGUUCUAGAUCAACCUCGAGGACGAGGUGCUCAUGAAGAGGUCUAUCACCGCUAUCACGGAGAAUCGAUCGCGGAGCUCCAGUAUCCUGUUCUUUAUUUGAAGCCGUCGACUUGCUGACAAUACCUCAAUGUCUCUCAACGAAGUCUGGGAGGCUACCUCCGCGAGACCUUACUAUCCUCUCGUCUCCAAAGACGCGCAAUUCUUCGUCGGCUUCACCUUGAUUCUGAGUGCUAUCAUCCUCACCGGUCUCUUCGGUCUCAAUCGCUCUCUUCUGAAUAUACCAUUGCUGGGACUGCCUGCCUCUCUAGCGCUCGGCUGGAAUAAGGAACGAAUCUUUUGUUAUAUUCUUCAGGCAAUUCUAUUGAAGACCUUUUUCUCCGCAAUCGUUCUCCUGGCCAGGCCGUUACACACGUUGAAGAUGGCAGGAAGAGCACCUAUUUUGUCUGCGGUGUCUAGCAAUGCCAAUCAACUCUACACCCUAUUGCGUUGCAUAGGGAUUGCUCCCAAGGCAUCGGUUCAAAUCACGCCGGAGGGUAUCCGGUUUUCAGUCGAAGAAAGCCGGGUCAUGCAAGGCCUGGCCUUUCUCGACAAAGCUCUCUUUACCAGCUAUACGUUUAAUCCGCCCGCCGAGGCCGACCACUCUGACAACAAUGACCAAAAUAGCCCUGAUAAUGACGGCGGUAGCAUCAUAUACCCUCAUUUCCUCAUUUCCCUCUCUGCUCUGCUGGAAACCCUCCAGAUCUUCGGGGUGAACGACGCGUCAGCAGCAAGCAGCUCUGCCCCUCAGUCAAAUCAGCCUCCUUCCAGCGCCUUCAAUACGCCAGCCUUGCUUCUCAACCGGUCUUGCACGAUAAAUUACCCCGAGCUCGGAGCCCCUCUAAGCAUCACACUCUCUGAGGCAGGCGUCACGACAACCUGCGAGUUGACGGCUUAUGAGCCUGACGAUCAAACCUUCGGCACAUCGCCCGGUGACUUCGAAAUUCCUCUCCAGCGAGACGCUAUCAUUAUGAAGAUCAUCAUGCGCUCUGCUCUACUCCACGAUGCUAUCAAAGAACUCGACUCAACAACCCCUACCAUCCUCACUAUCUCCGCAUCAGCGAAGCGCGAACCAUUCUUCGCUCUCUCCGGCUCAGGCGGACCCUUCAGCGAAUCAACAGUAGAGUUCUCAAUUGACAAAGACCACGAAACCGGCAGUGUCCGUUCGGACACUACUCAUAAGAUCCUAACUGAGGACGGAUCAUCCAGAUUACGAGCCAAGAGAUCCAAAAUAGCACCUACCGCCACGGAGACUUUCCUAGUUAACCCGCCACCUUCCAUGGGUGUUCGCGUCAAGCAAAACUAUCGUUUCGCACUCAUCCGCAAAGCUGCACGGGCUAUGGCGGUCGCGAAUAAAGUGAGCAUUCGAGGUGACGUCCAAGGCGUACUGAGUCUGCAAUUCCUAAUUGAUCUUGGAGACGGAGGCGGUACCACUGGAGGAGUCCAACCUCCAGGCGGGUUCGCGGGACAUGUGAGCUUUGUGGAUUUCCGGUUCGUGCCAUUAGUUGAUGACGGUGAAGAGCAGUACGAGGAAGAAGAUCGUGAUGAAGAGGGGGAGGACGUAGAGUAA